CAAGUUGUGGGAAUAAAUGAAGAGGAAAAGGCGCCGAGCGCGUGUGUGUGUUCUUCCAAGAAGCACAGAGAAACUUCAAGUCACCUCGCGGCCUCCAGACAUAUUUUAUUAGGUUAAAUUGAAGACUUUUGACCUGCCAUGCCUCCAAAAAAAGCUGCAAAGAGGAGAAAAGAAAAUGAGACUGAGGACUCUUCACAGAAAAAAGUGAAAGUCUCUCACAGGAGUCAUGGUCAGGAGAAGGGACUGGUCCUGGUUCUUGGGCAGGGAGAUGUGGGACAGCUAGGUCUGGGUGAGGAUGUGCUCGAGAGGAAGAAGCCUGCUUUGGUGACUCUUCCAGAGGGCAUUGUGCAGGCUGUUGCAGGGGGCAUGCACACAGUGUGCCUCAGCGACACAGGAAACAUCUACACGUUCGGCUGCAAUGAUGAGGGGGCACUGGGCAGGGAUACCUCAGAGGAGGGUUCUGAGAUGGUGCCAGGAAAGGUGGAGUUGGCCGAGAAGGUAGUGCAGGUCAGUGCAGGUGACAGCCACACUGCCGCUCUCACAGAAGAUGGCGCAGUCUUCAUCUGGGGAUCCUUUAGGGAUAACAAUGGUAUCAUUGGCCUCCUUGAGCCGAUGAAGAAAUGUACCUUGCCUGUCAAAGUCCCCAUAGACACUCCAGUGGUAAAAAUAGUUUCAGGAAAUGAUCACCUAGUUAUGCUAACUUUGAAUGGAGCUCUCUACACUUCCGGCUGUGGAGAGCAGGGCCAGCUGGGAAGAGUACCGGAGUGCUUUGCCAGCCGGGGGGGCAGAAAGGGGUUGAUGAGGUUACUGGAGCCACAGAUGGUUAUGGUGAAACCUCGAGGGAAGGUCCAAUUUAUUGAUGCCUUUUGUGGUGCAUACUUUACGUUUGCCAUUUCCAAAGAUGGUCAUGUCUAUGGCUUUGGACUCUCCAACUAUCACCAGCUGGGUACCUCAAGCACAAACACAUGCUUUGUUCCUGUAAAGCUCACUGCCUUCAAAAAUUCCACCACCUCCUGGGUCGGCUUCUCUGGUGGACAACACCACACUGUCUGCUUGGACUCUGAAGGGCAGGUUUACAGCCUUGGUCGUGCUGAGUAUGGGCGUCUGGGCCUGGGGGAAGGUGUGAUGGAAAAGAGUGAGCCCACAUCAGUUACAGGAAUCACCACGGCCUGUGUGGUAGCAUGUGGAGCAUCUGUGAGCUAUGCAGUCACUAAAGAAGGUUCUGUAUAUGCAUGGGGCAUGGGCACCAACAUGCAGCUGGGCACAGGAGAUGAAGAGGAUGUUUGGAGCCCAAUGGAGAUGGCGGGCAAGCAGCUGGAAAACAGGGUUGUUCUUUCUGUCUCCAGUGGAGGGCAGCACACAGUCUUACUGGUCAAAGACAAGCAAGAGAGCUGAUAUUAAACCCAGAUGCUGAAAGCUGAGCUGUACUACUGUUCUGGUGGUAAAUGUUAAAGUAAAACUUGAUCGGGGGUGCUGGGGGAAAAUCUGGGGUUUGUUUAAACUUCCUGUACUGUACUAAGCUCAGUGGUUAGGUAAAGAUGGGUGGGUCUCAUCUGAUUAAACAUUUCUCCCACUUUGUGGUGAGCCUAAGUAUUUGCUGGGUGUGCUCCAGUAGAUCAUGAUCAAAAAGACUAUUUUUUUAAAACUGUAUUUUGCUUCUUUUUCUUAAUUCUUUUUAAUGCGAAUCAGUAGUAAAAUUGCCAGCUGAGAGAACAUAUGUAUGUAAUGUAUUGAUAGUUUAAAGAGGUUUUAGGACAGUUCCCUGCAAAGGGAUUUUAAAAGUUUUAAAAUCUUUGCCUAGAGCAAUACAUAUGUACAGUGGCUGCAGCUGCAAUGUGUUCUUUACAUUUUUACAGGUAAAGAAAUUUGUUUGGUAUUGCUGUCAUUUACAGUAUUCACUGUUCCUUAAGAUGCAAGUACCAGUUGUUGAUUGCAUCCAUCAUGUGCUUGCCCUGUGGGAAGUGUAAUAAAAAUUAAAGACUUUA